ACCAAAGAGAACGCUGUACAGUAAGAAGUACGGAGUGGACCUCAUCAGGUACACACAUGCUGCCAACACUGUUGUGUAUAGCUCCAACAAAAUAGAUGAUACAAUCCGAUACCUCUCUCUGCAUGACAACAAAUACAUCCGCUAUUUCCCGGGGCAUACGAAAAGAGUGGUUGCUCUUUCCAUGUCUCCAGUGGAUGAUACUUUUAUUUCUGGAUCCCUUGAUAAAACUAUUCGACUUUGGGAUCUCCGCUCUCCAAAUUGCCAGGGUUUGAUGCAUCUCCAAGGGAAGCCUGUGUGUUCUUUUGACCCAGAAGGGUUGAUUUUUGCUGCUGGAGUCAAUUCUGAAAUGGUGAAGCUUUAUGAUCUCCGUUCUUUUGACAAGGGGCCAUUUGCUACAUUCAAGAUGCAGUAUGAUCGCACGUGUGAGUGGACAGGCCUGAAGUUCAGUAACGAUGGCAAACUCAUUCUCAUAUCGACUAAUGGGGGGUUCAUUCGACUAAUUGAUGCCUUUAAAGGAGCUAUCCUGCACACGUUUGGGGGUUAUAACAAUAGUAAGGCUGUCACGCUGGAGGCGUCAUUCACACCAGACUCUCAGUUCAUCAUGAUAGGUUCGGAGGAUGGGAAGAUUCAUGUUUGGAAUGGGGAAAGUGGGAUGAAGGUGGCUGUGCUGGAUGGGAAACACACAGGUCCUAUAACCUGUCUGCAGUUCAACCCAAAAUUCAUGACUUUUGCCAGCGCAUGUUCCAAUAUGGCCUUCUGGUUGCCAACUAUCGAUGACUAAUUCCUACGCUGCAGCUGCUGUCCGAUGACUUCCAUGCAGCGAUCCACCAUUGCAAGCAUAGUGUUGGAAUUGCCUAGGUCUCCUAGACUGUGUUUCUGUUCCUGCACACAUCUCCAUACAUCUUACCUUUAUUUGCCGCAUUUCUUUGCGAGGACUCCUCCGCUCGGCCUCCUGGCGUGUUCAGACCCAGCAUGCUACAUGUUCUUACCUUCCAGUCCGUGCCCAGCAGGCUUCAGCCGAAGUUGGAACUGACACAGUAUUACUUUUAAGAGCAAUGAAGUCUGUUUUAUUUACAAAAUGUUUGUGGCAUUUUU